CUUUCUAGCAUUCGGGGCGAAGAGAGAGCGGAGCGGCGCUCUCUCCAAGCACCAGCCCGCUUCCCUCGACCCCUGCCCGCCCCCACCCCCCGCCCCCCUCGCCUCACAAUGCGGCGUUUUUUUGGCGGAGUCGGAGAGCCCGGAAGGACGGAGCUCGGACGGAGGCUCGAGCGCCCGCACCCCGCCCCUCCUCCGGAUCCACGAUGUCGAACCGCAAGCACCGCGACAACCAGGAGAUCUGCGCGCGCAAGGUCCGCGAGCUGGCCCAGUCCGGAGUAAACAAACACUGCUUCGAGUGCAACCAGCCCGGGGUGACGUACACGGACGUGACCGUGGGCACCUUCGUGUGCACGUCGUGCUCCGGAAUGCUGCGAGGCCUCAACCCGCCGCACAGGGUCAAGUCCAUCUCCAUGACGACCUUCUCCCAACAGGAAGUGGAAUUCCUUCAAAACCACGGCAACGAGGUCGGCAGGAGGACGUGGCUGUGCGCCUUGGAGGCCAAAACGGACGCCUGCCCGGACAUGAAGGACUCGCAGAAGUUCAAAGAGUUCCUGCAGGACAAAUACGAGAAGAAGAAAUGGCAUUUUUCCAAGAGUAAGAACCGGCGAGAUGUGGAGGGACCCUGGAGCCCCGGCGUCCAGACCGCCCUCCAUCACGGUCCGCUGGCCGGCCAGCCCCCUCACAGCUUGCCCCCCAACGCCCGGCCCGCCCGGACGCUGGUGAGAGCUCUACGCUCGCUGUCGGCGGUCGCGACGCCGCGCCGCUUCUCAUAUCUUUGUGUCCGCACGGCCACACAAAGCUUCCGGGACCCGCCGCUGAGAGAGCACAACGUCUGCGGGAUUGAGAGACAGCGCCCGGGCUCGUUGUCUUCAGCUCACGGUUCUUCCUUCCCUGCCCUCCCCCGGCCUUCAGGUCGCGCCUCAUCAUCGUCAGGCGCCACGGGGCCCUUCAGGGCCUUUCCCAAAUCUCUCAGCUUGGACUUUGGCAGUCUGAAACAGCCGCAGCCUCCUCAUCCUCAGUCUCUGUCCCAUCAGCAGCAAACCACUGGCGACGCCCCGGACAGGUACGCCGCGGUGUCCCACCUGGACAGCGUCUUCUCGGAAACAGCCCCCCCUGCUGGGCUCGCGCAGUAUGGCACCCUGUUUGGCAGCCGGCUCUCUUCUGGCUCCACUCCUGCCAGCAGCUCUCCGGGUCUUGAUACAGUGUCCAAUUCGCAAACAUUUGCAAAUUUCCCGAACCCAUUCAGCUCCAGCUCCACUUCCCAGCAGCCCGCUGCGCUGUCCCCCAGUAACCCUUUCAGCAGCUCGCCAGGAGGCGACGGCCCGUUUGCCACCUCGCCCGCUUCGGUGUUUCCGCUUCCUGCCUCGUUUCCCCAAGACGCCGUCGCUAACCAGGAAGCUAACGGCUUCGCCGCCUUCCCCGCGUGCGACUCGCAGGCCAAAGUCCCUCGGCCCAUGUCGGUGAACCCUUUUACUGGCAACGUCUACCCUAGUCGGGCCACGUCGCGAAACCCUUUCAUCUGACUCAGCCCUCGGUGAUGCCCCUCACCUGUCCAUCUCUGGGAAAAGUGGACUGUCGUCGUCGUCGCCGCUGCCGUUUCGACACCUCCUUGAGUCUUUUCCUCCUCCCCCUCCCAAUGUCCUCUUAUCUGGGUGUGUUCACUUGGGGCCAUGUGUUAAAAAAAAAUGCCUGAAUGUAUUAUGACUUCAACUAGCGAUUUCUAUUUUAGCGCCUCUAGCAUUUUGGCGGGGGUAGAAAUAUACACGCAAAGCACUGCUCCUUUGCUUUGAUCCCCCGCUGCUUCAGAAUACAAAUUGUUUUCUGUUUUGAAAAGGAAAAGUCACCCCAAAUGUUGGUUUGAAGUUUUUGAAGGGUCUUCUGAUCAUUUUCCCUUAUCUAAGCUGUUUCUAGGACGUUAACCACUGCCAGGCUGCAUGAGCUUUGAGGGCUAAAAAAAAAAAAAAAAGCUACUGAAUGUAAAAAUACCCAAAAAAAGCACUUACAGAAUAAUUUAUAAAAAAAAAUGAUAGUACUUCUUAUUUAUACUGGACCAAUUUUCUCUUUUUUUUUUUUUUUUUUUAACAUGGGGCCGGGGGGUUCCUUAAGGAUUUAUGGAGGCGCGUCUUUGUCAUGGCAAGUAUUCAAAACAAAAAUAGUCAUCCGUUUGAUGCUUGACUGCUGGGUUGUUGUCCAGUAAAUAAAGCCCUUUGACGCCAA